CACGUCCUCGCCGAACGCGGUCGGCAGAGGCGCGUGACAGGUGCGCGCGGGACGAUUUGCACGUAUGGUUUGAACGGACGGCCGCGAACAGCGGGGGGGAAAGCGGGCCUUUCCUCCUGAACUUGGGCUCUGCAGCUAGCCGUAGCUCCGUCGUGGACCGCGACCCUGGAAGUCCCGUCGCUCCGGCCGUGAGAUCGACGUUCACCCGGCUCUCUCUCUCCACGUAUAAUAUUGCCGCGCAUAAGAUAUGUCCUAUCACCUCGCAAAGAAGUGCGCCAGCACGAACAAUCUCUGUCACGUGUUGACGCGUGUACGACCUAUGAUUUGCAUUCAGAGAUACAGCUACGCUCACGACAUAGACAUAAAUCUGAGCGGCGGACCGGUCAGUAUUCUGAAGCAGAAGAUAGCGAGGGGCGAGCUGGCGAACGAUGCGUACCAGAUGAAGGUAGCGCAGACCCUGCAGAAAAUGUACCAAGAGGUGCACGAUUACAAGCCGCAGCAGUUGAACCUGUUGGAAAAGUGGUUCGGCGGCAAGCGGAGGGAUGCGCCGAAAGGGUUGUACAUUUACGGAGCGGUGGGUGGAGGUAAAACAAUGUUGAUGGACCUAUUUUACAAUUGUUGCCAGAUUGAAAAUAAAAAACGGGUACACUUUCACUCCUUCAUGCUGGACGUGCACAGUAGAGUGCACGAGGUGAAGAAGACCAUUGUGCGAGAUGUGACGAGCACCAAGCUGCAACCUUUCGAUCCGAUACGCCCGGUCGCCUCCGGCAUUGCAGAGGAGACUUGGCUGCUGUGCUUCGAUGAGUUUCAGGUGACGGACAUCGCGGACGCGAUGAUUCUGAAGCGGCUGUUCACGGAGCUGUUCGAGAACGGCGUGAUAGUGAUCGCGACCAGUAACAGAUCGCCAGACGAUCUGUACAAGAACGGGCUGCAGAGAGGAAACUUCGUGCCGUUUAUAAAGGUGCUGAAAGAUCACUGCCUCGUUAGUAACUUGGACUCCGGGAUAGAUUACAGAUUGAAGUCGGGAUCCGGGAGUAAGAAGAUAUACUUCAUAAAAGGCAAGGACGCCACGAACGACGUGGACAAGGUCUUCAAGUACCUGUGCUCCAUGGAGAACGACGUGAUACGACCGCGCACGAUCUCCAUAAGAGGACGCAACGUCACUUUUCGCAAGACCUGCGGGCAAGUGCUGGACUCCACGUUCGAGGAAUUGUGCGACAGGCCUCUCGGAGCAAGCGAUUAUUUGCAGUUGAGCCAAGUGUUCCAUACAGUCAUAAUCAGGGACGUGCCUCAGUUGAAUCUACGACUUAAGUCUCAAGCCAGGCGAUUUAUUACUCUCAUCGAUACGUUGUACGACAAUAAGGUACGGGUAGUUAUGUCGGCAGCUGUGCCACACACGCAAUUAUUUUUACCGGAAACCGAGUCCGAAUACACCGACGAGAAGAGGAUGCUGAUGGACGACUUGAAGAUUACGCAUGGCUCGGAGGACCACAAGGCGAACAUCUUUACCGGAGAAGAGGAACUCUUCGCGUUCGAUCGUACCGUGUCACGUCUGGCCGAGAUGCAAACCUCGCAGUAUUGGGAGCAGUGGGAGCACCACAGAUAAUGAUAGUUUUAAAGCUAGCGCGCUCACAGAUUUGUGUAGCACCGCGUACGAAUUUUCUCACUCACUCGAGGCUAACUUAAGGUUGUUAACUUAGCGAUUGUAAUUUUUACAAAAAAAAAAAUCGAUCUCUUGCGCGGGCCGUUUACUUAAGCUUUCUCGUCGGGUGCGCGCGUUACGCUCGAGGCGUAACUUUCGCGCUUUCUCAGUAUUUCAUCUCGUUUGGGACAGACGUUCCUCUCGGGAGACAGAUUACCUCCAACGAUAAAUUAUUUAUGUUAUUAUUUAUGAGCGUAAAAUCAUACGUGCCGAGUAUUACCGAGCCCUAAUGCAAAUAUCUUUAUAUCUGUGUACAUACGCAAAAUUGUUUCAAUUACAUGGAAUUUUGCACUGAUGACU